AUGGAAAUAAAACUGUAACAACGUGUUGACACAUUCUUUGACGGGCGGGGAAUUGACAAACCCGAUUUUCCGCCUCCGUCUCCAUGUUGUGGACAUGCGAAGGUUCGUUCCUCUUCCUCUUCUCUGAUCUGAGGCGUGUGCUCGGUUCUCCCUGCUGCUUCCAGGCUGUCAGCUCAGCGGCUGUUUAGCAGAUGGAGGCUGGAAAUCUCGUCUCGCACAGAGAGGACAUCUCCUCCAUGUUUCCACAGCAAAUACCCGGGGCCAAGUAUAAAGAUCUGAGCAGCCAGUUCUCCUCUGUGAGGAAAGUACGUGGUGAUGGAAACUGCUUCUACCGGGCCUUCUGCUUCUCUCACAUGGAGUCGGUCCUGCACAACACCCGAGCUCUGCAGAGAUUCAAGGACAAAAUAAUUCAAAGCGGUGAAGUGUUGUCCUCUGCAGGAUUCGAUGAGAGCCGCUUCAAACAACACCUGGACAAAGUGGUAGAUGUGGUGGAGCAGUGCCAGGCUGACGAGCAGGACUACGCGUUGCUGAGGCUCUUCAAUGAGCAGAUCACCUCUGACCACGUGGUGCAGUAUCUAAGGCUGCUCACCUCGGCCCACCUGCAGAGCCACGCACAGUUCUUCUCCAACUUUGUGGAGGCGCCCAAUCUACACGCAUACUGUCGUCAGGAAGUGGAGGUGAUGGGGAUGGAGUGCGAUCACGUGGACAUUCUGGCUCUCUCUGAGGCUUUGGACAUUUGCACACAUAUCGUCUCUGUGGAUGGUGACGAGCAGCAGUUGGCUCACCACAUGAUUCCAGAGGGUGCGGAGCCCUCCCUGCACCUCCUCUACCAAACAUCGCACUACAACAUUCUCUACCCGCGACCUCACCACUGACCAGCGAUAUGUCACAACCCUGCACAACUCAGGAACUCGAACUUUGGUUGAAUACAUCCCAGCAGCGCUUUAAGACACUUGUGAAAACAGAUUUUUAUAAAAUCUUGCAGCGUACAGAGAAUCAACAACAUCUGGAAGUACAACUAUUGCACAUUGUGCAUGUUAAAAAUUACAUUUAUCUAUUUAGCAUUUUAACUUUGUCUUAGAUGGAUUUUUUUUUUUUAAAUACACAUUUCUUAUAACAUAUCACUGCUGCUGCUCCUGCUGCUGCUGCUCCUGCUGUUCCUGCUGCUGAUGCUGGUCCCGCUGCUGCUGCCUCUGCUUCAGCCUCUUUUCCUUCCUCUGCUCCUUCCUCUGCUCCUUCCUCAGCUUCUUCUUCCCAGGCUGUGGUGGACCACAUUUUUUUAAGUCGUCUUCCUUCUGCUGUAUUGACACCUUGGUCAGGGCGCUUUCCAAACCGGCACGAGGCAGGUUGGGCAGGGCGAGUUUUCCCAUCUGAGUCGGGUACCUGGUCUUUACCAGGUUCUUGAACACAGGCUGGGAUCUCAAAUGCUUCAAAUGCUUUUUCAUGCUCUUGACCAUCUUCUGCUGCUCUCUGUCACCAUCCUCAUCCUUUGGUCCGCCUGUGAACAAACAUGUCACCUUCAGCUGUUUGUAUUUGAACACUUUUCCAAUGGUUGUCACGGAUAUGAUUAUGUUGGUCUUACCGAGUAAAAGAUCAUCAUCCAGGUCCACCUCCAGGGCCUCUGCUGCUUUUGCGAACCAGGAGUUGUGUUGCUUCUCUCUGCCGUUGUGGAACUCAAUCUUCUCUAUGCUCCUGGCCAAGUUUACUCGUUCCUGCGGUGGGACACACUCAACAGUUAACAAUCAGAAAGAAUUGCUUUAACGUGACAUAUAUACAGGACCUAAUACCAGUGGAGCUUACUUUGAUUGCUUCCAUGCAUUUGCUCUCUACUGGGAACAUUGGAAGGUCCUCGUCCUUCCCUAGAGUAUUAUAAAUCUUCCUGAAGUUCAACACGUCGUCUGGGCCGAUUACCAGCAAACUGAGACCCUCUUUAGUCGCUCUCGCUGUUCUGCCACUCCGAUGGACAUAAGUCUCAGAUGUCCUGGGAACCUGAAGUACACAGGAGAGCAUUCAAAUUAUAGUAUUAGUAUUAGUAGUAUUCUUAAAAACAAAACUAGAAUUACCGCACUGCAGUUGUUUGCCAGUGCAGUUUCCAUGUACAUUUUUCUACAUAUUUAUUUUCCAGAUUCAAUUAAUGUCACUGUGACUUUUGACCACUGAAAUGUAAUCACUUGAUCUGAAAAUUGUAGUCCAAGUGAUCAAAAGUUGAAGAAAUGUCAUCGAGCACUCUUGAGAUAUCACAUCUAAGAGGCCAAAAACAUGUUAUUUAAAAAAUAAUCUAUUUAGGUCAUCCUUGAGUCCAAGUGAAUAUUUGUACAAAAUGUCCCUCAGGGCAUUCUUGAGAUAUAAUGUUCACAGUCAUGGGAGUCAAAAUUCAAGGAACCUGAAAAUGUGGACACCUAAAAAGAAAAACAUACCUGGUAGUGGAUCACAUGUUGAAUGUUGGGAAUAUCCAGUCCUCUUGCAGCUACAUCGGUGGUCAGCAGAACACAACUGUGAAUCAAGUCACAUCAGUAAAGCAGGAGAUUUAUGGAGCUCAGUGUUGUUUUUUUGUUGGGUUUGGUUUUCUUGCUUAUUUAGAGAUUUUUUUUAAUUUCCUACCCCUCACUGCUACUGCAUUGUACAAACAUUGGAGGUACAAUUUAUAUAAAAUAUUAUUAUUAAACAAUUUAACUAGGUUGAGUUUAAGUUAAAGUGACUAGCUUCAAUACAACUUUAACAAGGUAUGUGAAUUUUUGGUGUGAGUGUUCUUGUCAACAGUACAUGUUCAGACAUGAUUGACAGUCAAUGUGUGCUCUAGUAAUUCCUCCCUCCUCCAUCUGUAGGAGUGAAUAAAAUCCCUGUGUGAAGCUG